GCAGGAGGUCAGCAGUGGCCCAGAAAGAAACUGAGUUAAGGAAUGGUGCUCUUCAGAUUUAAAACAAGAGCCUUUGCCUAAAAUUACAUCCAAGGGUCCCUAAGCCAUUGUCUUCAUUGACUCAUCUUCAGGCAAAUUCCAAUUUUGUGAAUGCAAACUUUUGAGUCUUCAAGACUGGCUAGCCUCGUCAGCCAUUGCUGUAAACAUCUGUUAUCAGAAUCCCUUAUCAGUGUGUGGCAGAGCAGUAUGAUAUAGUAAAUGGACCGACAUUACAAAUUGCCUUUGCCUUCGACCAAUCUAUCCAGAGCUUGGGCUGUAAAAAUCUCUUCAUAUUCAUCACGAGACCACUGCACUAAUGAUGACCGGGUAUAAAGUAACCACACGUGGGAACCAUUUGGAAAACACUGUGACUGAGAGCAUUACUGUCUGGGAACGGAUCCGUGCUUCACCUGCCAGUAGAGUUUCUCAAGAGAAUACACCUGGUACUGCACUAGAGACGACUGCACUUUUACCUGUGCAAAUACAGCUUACUACUGUUAACUUGAACCUGGAAAAACACAGUGCUCUGCCGAUUGAUGCCUCUUCUGUGUCAGGAAAAACACCUCUCACUUGUACCCAAGACGUUGAGAAGCUGAAUGAGGCUUUUGACAUUUUGCUAGCUUUUUUCAUCUUAGCUUGUGUUUUAAUCAUUUUUUUGAUCUACAAAGUUAUUCAGUUUAGACAGAAACUAAAGGCACUAGAAAACUCAGUGGAAAAUAGAGUUGAGUAUUACAGCUUUUAUCAGUCAGCAAGGUAUAACGUAACCACCUCGGUUUGUAACACCUCCCCAAAUUCUCUGGGAAGUCCUGGCUUGGAACAGAUUGGACUUGAUAAACAGAUGGUUCCUGACAAUGGGGCACAGGUCAUUCUCUUUGAACAUUCUGCUUUAUAACUCAACUAAAUAUUGACUAUAUAAAACCCUG